AUGGCUCCCAGAAGAACGCGCGCAAGCGCUGCCGCUAAACUCCAAGUCGAAAGGGGCCAGCAGGUUUCGAGUCCUCCGCCUGAGCCUGCUGCCAAACGUCAGACUCGCAAGAAAGCUCCUGCAAAGUCUGUUCAAGUCGAGGAUGAAGCCAAUGUUGAAGUCUCGAAGAAAAAGAUGCCUGCGCGCAAGCGCAAAGCUCCUGCUCCCAAAGAAGAAUCUCCAGUCUUCGGCGAUGAGUUGCCGCACAAUCUUGGCUCUCUACCUACUCCCGACACCGAUGAUGUCGACGAAGCCAAAGAGUCACCACCUCCCAAANAGAAGGCCAAGCGCGUAUCAAAGGCGAAACAGGUAAAGGCUGAUCCGGAAGAGGUCGAUGAGCUCGCCAAGAAAGCAGCUGAGAUUGCCUCGCCUGACGCAGAACUCAAGUCUGAGGUCAAAGACGAGGUCACCUCUCCAGAUGCCCNNAAGCUGAUGGCAAGGCCAAGAAGAAGGCCUCUAAGGCCAAAAGCUNACAAACUCACUCCUGGCGAAACGCCUUACCCCGACUACGCUCACCCCACCACAGAGGAAUGUUAUGAAGUUGAGCGCAUCCUCGCUAAAAAGCAUGGCAAAGUCACGGCACCAGAAUCCAUCCCACUACCCUCACUGGAAGUUACUGGCUGCGGUGAGGUUCCUUCGGUUUUGGACGCCUUGAUCAGAACCAGGCUAUCUGCUGCGACGACUGGUAGAAACUCGUCAAAUGCUUUCAAAGGCCUCGUCAAGACUUUUGGUGUUUUGAACGAAGGUGUCGGCAAAGGCAGUGUUGACUGGAACAAGGUGCGCCUCGCAUCUCAACCAGAAGUCUAUGAAGCCAUCAAGAGCGGAGGCCUUGCCAACGCCAAGAGCAAAGACAUCAAGGCCAUUCUGGACAUGGUCUACGAGGAAAACCAAGCUCGAUGCGCUGCACUGAAGAUGGAGGGACAAGCCAAAACCGAAGGUCCUGCUGGCUCGGAGAAUGAACCCGCUGAAGAGAAGAACACUGAGAUACAGCGCGCCGAAUCCGGUGUCAUUUCUCUCGACCAUCUUCAUCUACUCUCUAGCGAAGACGCUUUUGCCCGGCUGGUCAAGUUCCCUGGAAUCGGUCCCAAGACAGCCUCAUGUGUUUUGCUCUUCUGUCUGCAACGUCCGUCCUUCGCUGUCGACACCCACGUCUUCCGCCUCUGCCAAUAUCUGGCCUGGGUUCCGAAAGAAGUCCAGAAGGGCCAGCCUCCCGUCAAUCGCGAAACCACUUUCGCUCACUGCGAAGCACGUGUUCCUGAUGAUCUCAAAUAUCCGCUGCAUCAGCUUCUCAUUAAGCACGGCAAAGAGUGUCCCAGAUGCCGCGCUGCUACCAGCACGAAUAGUGAGCGUUGGGAGGAGGGGUGUCCAAUUGAGUAUCUGGUCACACGUCAUGGUGCCAAGAAGGGUGAGGUUUCACCUGCAGGCAAGGCAGCUCCAAAGACCAAGAGAGCCGCUGCUGCCAAGAAGGGCAAGGGCAAGAAGAAGGUCGACAGCGACAGUGAAGAAGCUGAGAGCAGCAGUCCCAGCGAUGCCGAGAGCGACGAAGACUACGAGUAG